AUGUGUGUGCUUUUCAUGUGUCUUUGGUGUGACUUUGAUAACUGCACUCUCUUAACCUGCCCCCUCUCUUCUCCCUGUGCGGAGCUCUGUCUAGGCCAACCCAUCCCACGGGGCCUGGACACCACCCUCAUCUGCCCAGCUACUAUCCCAGAUCUCUCCAUCUCCGAGGCAAGGGCGCCCCAGCGUCAGCUCAGCUCCCCACUAUGCUCCUGGGUUCUCCUCUCUGGAGUCCCUCCCUCCUCUUUUGCCUAUUGGAACUGGGGUGGGGCUUCUGGGUGGCUGAGCCCCGCCCCUCAUCCAAUCACAGUGCCUCUUCCCGGAGGCUGGGCCGAAGGGCUGCCCUCCAAGCUGCUAGCCCUGUUAGUAGGCUCCCAGCUGGGGAUGAUGCGCUGCUGCUGCUGCUGCUGUCACCACCGGCAACAGCCCUAUGCACUGGGGCUGUUGCUGUUGCUGCUGCUGCCGCCCCUCGUCCCUGUAUCUCCCCUGGCAGCAGCUGCAGCGGGCCCAGGCCGCUGUGACACCAUAUACCAGGGCUUUGCUGAGUGUCUCAUCCGCUUGGGAGACGGCAUGGGCCACGGAGGCGAACUGGAGACCGUCUGCAGGUCUUGGAAUGACUUCCACACCUGUGCCUCACGAGUCCUAUUGGGCUGCCCGGAGGAGGCAGCUGCCGUGUGGGAGUCACUACAGCAAGAAGCUCGCCGGGCCCCACACCCAGAUAACUUGCACACUCUCUGUGGCACCCCUGUGCGCCUUCAGGAGCGUGGCGUGGGCCCAGAGACCAACCAGGAAACCCUGCGGGCGACAGCACCGGCGCCCACCCCGGCCCCCACGCCCCCGCUGCUGGCAGCUGCUCUGGCGCUGGCCUGCCUCCUGGGGCCCCUGGCCUAG